AUGACUCCUUCUUCUCGUUUACAACAAGUAUCUGGUCACCUUGGUGGCGCCAAUUCUUCCAAUAUCCCUACCAAGAUCGGUGUUAAAUCUCCUGAAGAUGUUGUGAUCGUAUCUGCUCUUCGUACUGCCAUCACUCGUGCUCGUAAAGGUGGCUUUAAAGCAUCUCUUCCUGAAGAUAUGUUGGCUGGUGUCUUCAAAACCAUGUUGAAUCAAACUAAGAUCGAUCCUGCAUUGGUAAACGAUAUUUGUGUGGGUACUGUUUUGGCCCAAGGUGGUUUGGCUACUAAUUCUCGUAUGGCAGCUCUUUAUGCUGGUUUCCCUGAAUCUACAUCGGUUGGUACCGUAAAUCGACAAUGCUCUUCUGGUCUUCAAGCUGUGGUGCAAAUUGCUUCUGCUAUUCAAACUGGUUUGAUUGAUAUUGGUAUUGGUGCUGGCACUGAAUCAAUGACAUUAAAUUAUGGUGCUACCUCCAUGUCACCUACAUCUGAUACAAUUGCUGAUGAUUGUGAAUCAGCUGCUGAUUGUACAUUACCUAUGGGUAUCACUUCUGAAAAUGUUGCCGCUGAAUUCAAGGUAAGCCGAGAAAAACAAGACGCUUUCUCUGCAGAAUCCCAUCGCAAAGCAGAUCAAGCUCAAAAGAAUGGAUGGUUCAAAUCUGAAAUUGUACCUGUAGAAGUGACAGUGGAAGAUAAGGAUGGUAAUGAAACCAAGGUGAUAGUGGAUCAUGAUGAUGGUGUGCGUCCUGGAACAACAGCUGAAAAAUUAAGUCAACUUGCUCCUGCUUUUGAUGAUGAAGGAUCUACUACUGCUGGGAAUGCUUCUCAAGUCUCUGAUGGUGCUGCUGCUGUGUUAUUGAUGAAACGAAAGACAGCUGAAAAGCUUGGUCUUCCUAUUCUUGGUAAAUAUAUCACUUCGGCUGUGGUUGGUGUUCCUCCUCGUAUCAUGGGUGUUGGUCCUGCUUAUGCUAUUCCUGCCGCAGUGGAAAAGGCCGGAAUCACCAUCAAGGAUGUUGAUCUGUUUGAAAUCAAUGAAGCUUUUGCAUCUCAAGCUGUCUAUUCCAUUGAAAAAUUGAAUAUCCCUGCUGAAAAAGUGAAUAUUCAUGGUGGUGCUAUUGCUCUUGGUCAUCCUCUUGGUUGUACUGGUGCUCGUCAAAUUGCUACAUUAUUUCCUGCUUUACAACGUCAAGGGAAAAAUGUGGGUGUGACCUCAAUGUGUAUCGGUACUGGCAUGGCACGUAUUUAA